AUGAAUCUUGGAGAGAAAGCUGCAGCUGAGGCAAUUGCGGUUAAAGCGCAGCAGGCGGAGGCCGGGGCUAUAAAGGCUUUUGAAGAGGCCAAGGAAGCCGGGGCGCGUGCUGCGAAGGCCUUGGAGGAGGCCGAAGAGAGGGAGAGCCGUUCUUACAAGGCUCUUGAAGAGGCUGAGUUUCAGACCCGGGAGGUCGCGGUUACAGACCUCACCGCGCGCGUGACUGCAGCGGAAGAACGAGCUAACACUGCUGUUGAGGCCAGAGAUGCUCUGACUUCUUCGUUUAAUCAGCUUGAGGCUGACCACGAGUGGAUGCGGGGUCACGGUAUCGCGCGUAUUGUUCAGGCUAUCAUGGAUGCACCUGAGACCGCAGUUGGUUUAGACUUGGUCAAGGAACGUGCCCGCGAUGCCGGUUUUAAAGCUGGUUACAGCCGCUGUGUCAGUCAUAUGAACGUCAUGUCUCAAGGCGGUUUUACUGCAGAGCGAUCUGGGUUCCGUGACGUGGACACCGAAGGUCGUCUGAACGCAGCUGUAGCCGCUUUUUAUGAUACGUCCCUCGCUUGUGUGGAGGAGUUGGACGACUGUUUAGAGGCUGCUGAUUACGUUGACCGGCUGCGGAGGCUGUAUGCUGAUGCAGAAGAGGAGGAUCCCGCUGGUGGUGCUGGAGAUGACGCGGGUACCAGCGGUACGAAAUAG